AUGUCGACUACAAACAUUGCCACCAGUACUAAGCCACAAUUGUUUGUAUGUCCCAGUUGCUCAAAAAGCUUCACCAGGAAAGAUUAUUUAUAUCGUCAUGAAAAGAACCAUUCUCAAGUUAAACCAUUCAAGUGCGACCAAUGUAAUUUAUCGUUCACAAGAAGUGACUUACUUACAAAGCAUUACAAAUCAAAAUCACAUCAAAGAGUAAAAAAUGAAUUGACUGAUAGUUAUCGGAGUGCGGUUAAUUCUGGUAGCAGCAAAAGCAUCGUUGGCAAUAGUAGCAACAGUAAUCCGAAACAAGCUCCUUAUAGGGUUGAAAAAAGAUGCAGUCAUCUGGUCAAUUCCUCAACUUCUUCAAUUAGGAAUGAUCCUCUAUUAAAUCAACACGUACCCAGGCUCAAUCAAUUUAAUAAAGAACAUGAAAUGAAAGAAUUUAAAAGGUUAGGCAUCCCAGAUUUUUUAAAUCGGCAUUUUAAUGAUGAAAAAAUACCUGCUCCUCCUCCACAACCUUCGAUCAUUUUGCCAGCUAUUCCAAGUAAUUGUAAUGAUAACUCCUCAAUAGAUUCUGCAAAUAUGUUUAUGAAUCAAUCACAAGAGAAAGGAAAAGCAGUGGACUCGAAUAUUUAUACUUCUGCCAAACAACAACAGAAUCCUAAUAGUCAUUAUUUAAAUUCGCAUGAUCAUUCGGUUCCGACUCCAAAUACUUCCAUGCCUGGUAGAAAUGAUAUAUCUGGUGGUGGUGGUUCAGAAAUGGACUCAAAUGCUCCUCCUGGAAUUAUAGAUAAUGAUUUAUUAUGGCUAUUCAAUGAUAUUAAACCAGUAGAUAAUUUGUUUUGGUUAUUCGGUGAUAUAUCCCCACUGGAAAAUAGCGGUACUGAAAGUAGAAGUGGCAAUAAACUAGCUAAUUCCAAUGAUUUGAAGCCGACAACGAACUUUCUCGCUGAAGCUCAUUCGAAUUCUAAAUCACUUAAUAAUCAUGAUGAUGUAGCUUCAUUCAUGUAUCAAAAUUUGUACAAUGAGAGUACCAAUACGAAAAUUAAUAAUAAUAAAAUAAAUAUGAAUGAAUCCACAAGAUCAAGAAUUAUUCAUAUUUUCUCCUCAGUUGAUCAAUUAAAUAAAGUUUCAUUAAAAAGAUUUGAAGAAUACUUGGAUUUGUAUUGGUUUAAUUUUGCUCAAACUUUCCCUAUAAUUCAUCAAGCUACUUUCGAUCCUAAUACAAUGAACAUUUAUUUACUAAUAAGCAUAAUAGUGAUUGGUAUGGCCCAUUCGUUGGAUAAGUUAGAAUAUGAAACUUCUAUUGCGAUUAAUAAAAAAUUAAGACGAAUCAUCUAUGACGUCGUUGAAGAUAAUACAGAAUUACCUUUACCAUUAAUGCAGGCAUUAAUUCUACAUAAUUUUUCUGCUAAGAAUUUUGGUGAUACUCAGUUAAGCAAAAUAGCUCAAAUUGAUCAUGGUUCAAAUAUUAUGUAUUUAAAAUUUAGUGGAUUUUUAAAUAAUUUGACGGAGCCCAUAGUCUAUAAACAAAAAAAUUCCAGCUUGACUGAAUUAACAGAACAAUGGCAAAAUUGGAUUCAAUACGAGAGUUGUAAAAGAUCCGUCUUCUUUGAAUUUAUAUGUGAUACCCAACAUGCAACAUUUAGCAAAAUAAGAUCUUUAUCUGCAUUUGAUAUUAAAUUAGAAUUGCCGUGCAGUGAUGAAAUUUGGAAUUGUGCUGACUCACUCAGAUUUUUUGAAGAAUAUCAAAAGCAGCCAAAAGGUCUAUGCACAAGGCCAAGAUUAGAUAUCUCAAGCAAAUAUGCCUAUAGUAAAGAACUUGAAUAUCUUUAUAAUAAUGGUAGUCAUGGUGAAAAUAAAAAUGGUAAUGUUUAUGGUUAUGGUAAUGACAAUACUAAUUUUAAUAGGACUUCCGAAUUUUCAAAUAAUGAAGAUUAUUUAACUGAUUUUUUCAAUAUAAAAGCUCCUAAAGAUAUGGCUGAUAUGUCCAAUGCUUCUAAAACAUCAAGCCUGCAACAAUCAAUUAAAAAGGAGAAUAAAUGGCCAACUUUUUUGUGGGGUUUAAAAUCCAUGAUGACAACUUAUAAAGCAAAUCAAAAAGAAUAUCCAUUAGAUUGUUAUUCAUUAUUUUCAAGAUAUAUUAUUUUACAUGGGCUUUUAAGAGUUUGCUGGGAUAUGAGAGGCCAAAGUCUUCUAGAUUUAGGUUUCAUAUCAAAAAAGAAAUUGGGAGAAUUUUUUAAAAAAUUAGAAAAUGCAUUUUUAAAUUGGAAAAGGUAUUUUGAUUUACAUGUUAAAUUAUAUGAAGAACAGAUAGAAUCUAAUGAAGACAUGUAUGUAAAACAUUCCCCAAAUAAGCACAAUACUAUCCUUAAAUAA